UGUGUCGGUAAAAUGAACUUUGCUGUAAUAUCCUCUGGAAUACUUUUGUGUUUCUUGUAUUUGUGUGCUAAGAGCAAUGCAAAGCGCAAUUGGGACUAUGAACUACUUAAAAUGACCUCUACGUCGUCUGAUGAGAAUCUAUUUAAUAUCAGUACAAGACUUGAAAACGGUGAACUUGGUAAGCCAUCAGUUUCAGGAUAUCUUGAUUGGAAAUACGAUUGUGAUGAAAAUACACUGACUGAGAUGAAAAUUUAUUAUUCUCAAAACGGAAGAGAAAGCACCUAUCGUGAGCAACCUUAUGCUAUCCCAAAAAUGUCAUUCUAUCAAUUUUUGGAUCAGUAUUGGAUGAACUUGAUCUAUCCCUUCUUUGCGGAUUGCUCAAACCUACCGUCAUUCGAUAAAUUUGUGCCACCAUGGCCCAAGAAAACGUAUCUAUUUGAUAAAUGUAGACCCGAGCCAACUUCAGGUCCAGAAACAAUGCCAAGGGGCUAUUAUAGAUUUGUGUGGAAUAUAAUUGGAGAAGCCGCUCUUAACAUUGUAAUUGAUGUUAAAUUAACACCAAUAGGCUUAGUAUAAAGUAAAGUAAAGAUCAAACGUGCAAAGGUGAUAACUAAAAUCUGCCUGCAAAUCAAUUAACAAGAGUAAAU